AUGGUUAUGAUCGAAUCUAUUCGUUGUGGAUAUGAUUGUCCAUUUGUAUUCUUGACCUUCAAUCUGACUAUAUCGGAACACAUGUGUAAAAAUAUCGAAAAAGACUAUGCACAAUGUUUACUUAUUUUGCAACUCGACUUCGAUAAUCACGGUGGUGGUGGCGUGUUAGCAAUAACGGAUAUAAAAGAGCCUGAUUCGCUUGAAAUUACAACAGAAUUUGGUUUUAAUUCAACGAAUACGACUAUUAUAUAUCGUUGUUCGAUAUCAGACAACUGUGCUUGGGAAUUUCUUUAUGAAUUAUUUAGUCCGGCAUUAGUCGAAUUUAAUGCACUCGCAGUUCAGGCACAACUUCGUGAAUUACUCUAUAACAAUAAGUCUGAUUCAUCGGUAAUAACAUGUACUAAUCAUCAGUGCCCAUCUGAUAGUUAUUGUCAAGCACAUCUUGAUCAGUCUUCUUCAUUCGAAAAUAGUUCGUUAAUUAUUAACAAUCAUUUACCAUGUGUCAACGCUGCAAUGAAACCCGAUAUGAUUAAAAUCGAACAAAGAUUUUCUUCAUUUGAACGAAAAACAACAAACAUGACCUUGCUUUGUAAUCGUGCUGAGUGUGAUAAGAAUGAGACAGUUUUACAAGCCUACAAUUUGAUGAUGAAUGAAUUUAUUUUACCUGUGAAUUAUUCAAUCUUCAAUAGCAACACUACUAUCACGACAACAACGCAACAAACUAACACUUCGCCUUCGUCUUCGGUUUUAUCAUAUGCUCGAAUACUCUUAAUAAGUACAUUUCUUUGUUUCCUAUUGAAUGAAUUUUAA